UGGGGUAAUGCGCAAAAAACAAUGCUUUUCAUUCCGAGUUAGAAUCACGAGGGAAAUAUUUGCGUAAACUGCGUGACAAUGCACCGAAUUUUUCCUUGAAAAUUAAGUGAGAUGGCCGUAAUCUAACCGGGGGACUCAAAGACCUUUUAGAUCGUUACCAGCAUCGCCGCAAGUACCGUAAGGGAAUGCUGACAAUUUAAAAAACCACGUGGGGCCGAUUGACUACAUUUCUUCGAAAUAUGAUCAUUGUCGUAACGUUUCGAUGCUUCACCCAUGGAAAUCCGUGUAUAGUUGUAAGGAUGCUACGUUUAAGAGAACAGUACCAAACAAGUGGGAAGAGAAGAAAGGUCUACCUUCCAAUUCAUUUUGUGCAAGAGGAUCAUGGAUGUUCGCAGUGUUUACAUUUUGCUGGUCUUUUUCUCAAUUCAAGUGUCCACUAUUUCUGCGAAAUGGAGACAACGAUGGAAUGUCAAAAGUUCUUUUCCAGCAUCCAUUGCCACUCAGCUAAUUCAGCGGAUUUCUUCGACCCAAAUGCCCUCAAAGCAUCUUACUAUCAGCUCGAGUCAACAACACAAUCCUUUCAAUUAUUCAUCACGUUCCAAGGCAAGUCUUGAUGUCAAAGACGGAAUGCCUGACGUUUCGAUUAACCGUCUCGUUGAUACGUCACGGUAUCGAAGUAGCACGAGAAAUAUAUUCAGUGACACUCACGCUAAUAAAAACGAAGAGUCCCAAGCUAAUCUACCUGGGAGGCCGGUCCACUCUAGACAUUCUUCUCACGUACUGCGAGCAAAACCUCAUCCGUGGUUUCCGCCAUUAUCGGCUGAUACCCUGGAAGAUGAUUCCUAUUUAAGGGCUUUAGAAUUGUCAAGACUUCCAUGUCAAAGAUUGGAAGACCCCACCGAUUGUUACGAUUUCAGCCAGUUGUUUCCUAGCAACCAACAACUCAUCGUCGGCCUGGAAUACGAUACUCAUUCUGAUGGUGAACGUUUGAAACAUAAUUCUUCAACUCCAGCGAGUGUUUUAGAUUUUUCUCUCUUUCAUUUACUUCAAUUCAAAGAAGAUCUUAUUUUGCAAAAGCCCUUUGUGUUAUUUUCCCCAAAUAAUAUUGAAUUUGCUGUACAGUAUAUCAGACCGAGUGCGUAAGCUUAUAUUAUUAUAGCAUAUACUUGUUCCAGAAGAGGACGUUUUGUUUAUUACGUAUCAUCCUGAUCGCUUCUAAAAUUUUGUUGUGUGUAUAUACAAGAAGAAUAACUAUAGUGUCAUAGGUAACUCUGUCUUAACUAUCAGUCGAAAUGAAUGAUCGUUUAAUUAGUUUAUACAGGUGAACUUGUAUUCAAAUUUAUAUGCAAAUUUCAAGUUCCAUAAUUGUAAUCGUAUGCGCCAUUAUUUUGUGUUUUAAAAUAGGUGGCAAGGGUAAAGGUGACGUGAAAAAGAACAGCAUUCUACACCUAUAGUUUACCGUUUCUCAUUACAACAAUUAUGAGCGUUGGCAAUUACAAAUAGCGGGAAAUUCCAAUUCAAAAAGAAUUGUUUCCUGUGUGCCCCAUGUGCGUACAUGUGUACGGCUUGUCUGAAAUACAAACGCAGUCGUAGAAGAUUA